AAGGCGUCCAAUCCCGAGCUUCCGUAUGUUCGGCGGAGAACUCCUUUGUGGUUCUUGCAUGUCAGCGAGGAGCUGACGGACGGACUCUGCUUCUCAUCUAUCAAUCUCCUUUGCUCAAGGAGUGCUGGAAGUCAACCACACGGGAGGAUGCAGGCGGCGUCGGAUAUCGCCUUGCUCUCGUUCUUGCUGCUGAUACAGGGGAUUUGGGCUCAGUCGACACCUGCCCCCUCCAGCUACGGAGGGAGAUGGUGCUGCAAUAUCCAGAUCCUCUACUACGGCGUCCCCGUCUUGAUGUUGGUUGCAGUCUUAGCCAUCAUUGUCUGCAUGAGACAGAGCAACGUAUCAGCAAGAUCGACCACCUCCGAAGCAGACAGAGCCCUAGCUCGUCGUCAGAGGAUCAGAGAGCAUGCACUAGGCCAACUCUACGCCGAAGCCUUUCCGGGGUCUGCCUUGUCGCUGAUGAACUUCUCCAUCAUGGAACAUCUCCCACCGAUCCCCUUCGAGCUGAAGAUCCGUGGGGUUGUCUUGUCGAGAGGGAUGGAGAAGUUGAAUGAAGGAGGACAUGUUGCUUCUUGAGAGGCGCCUUGGUUAUGUCUUCAUGCUCUAUUUAUUAGCCGAGGAAAAAGGAGACCUGGAUCAGGAGUACUUUCUCGUCGACGUUUCUGUAAAUUGAAUGGAUUCUUAGAUUCUUCCAGUAAACCACUAACAGUCUG